AUGAAACGAGGAGACACGCCUUUUUCAAAACAGUCGAGCGCUUGUUUGGGAACAAACAUGCCUCGACAGUUCUGCAAGGUAACUCUGAGUGAGGUGGAGGAGGCGAAGCAGAUACUAGCAGAGCGAGUGCACGCCUCAGUGCUAAAAGAAGAAGACAACAAGGAUGCCUUGUCAAUGUUCACAGUGCCUGAGGACUGCCCCAUCGGUCUGCAGCAAGCCAAAAACCAUGAACUUCUUAAGGACCUGGCAGAGCAACAGUCAGAGGAGACUUCCAAAAGGAGAAAAAGUUUCAUGUUGAUUCGCUCCCAGUCGCUGUCCACGCAAAUCCCAGUGGCUACAGACGGCUCAGUUUCAGGGACCUUUACACCAUUAAUGUCCACCAGUUCCACCUUCUCUUCAGGGUCAGAAAACUGUCCUGACUUCCAGAGGGUCACUAUUAGUGGUGAUUAUUGUGCAGGGAUCCCCGUGGAAGACUACGAGCAAGCUGCCAAAAGUCUGUUUAAUGCACUGCUGCUUCGAGAAAAGUACUCCAAACUGGCCUAUCACAGAUUCUGUAGAACUACAAGUCAGUUUCUGCGCAGUGCUGAGAACACGAGUUGGAAUGAAGAAGAUGAGGUUCUACCAGACAUGUGCCCAUGUCCUGCAGAAGGCGAGGAUCCUUACAGUGAGGAGAACAUCCCAAAACAUCUCAACUACGAGCUGAAGAUGAAGGAUGGGAUUGUGCAUGUAUACGAAAGUUCAGAGGCUCUCAGAAAAGACUGUCCGCUCCAUCUUCCUUACCCAGACUUGGAGACAUUUGCCAUCGAUCUAAACCAGGUGCUGGCUAUGAUUGCUGACGGACCCACAAAAACCUACUGCCACAGAAGACUGAACUUCUUGAGCUCAAAGUUCUACCUCCACGAAAUGCUCAAUGAGAUGGCCGAGCUGAAGGAACUGAAAAGUGUUCCUCACAGAGACUUUUACAACGUCAGGAAGGUGGACACGCACAUUCAUGCAGCUGCAUGCAUGUCUCAGAAACACCUGCUCACUUUCAUUCAGAAAACGUACAAGACUGACGCAGAGCGAGUCGUCUUCGAGAAGAACGGACAGAAGAUGAGUCUCCAGCAGGUUUUCCAGAGCCUCAACAUGGACAUAUAUGACCUCACUGUGGACUCACUGGAUGUUCAUGCUGGGAGGCAAACCUUUCACCGCUUUGACAAGUUCAACUCAAAGUAUAACCCAGUGGGUGCCAGCGAGCUCCGAGAACUCUUCCUGAAAACAGACAACAACAUUAACGGAGAAUAUUUUGCUCGGAUCAUAAAGGAGGUGGCUCAUGAUUUGGAGGAGAGUAAGUAUCAGCAUGCAGAGCCGAGACUGUCCAUCUACGGAUGCUCUCCUGACGAGUGGGAAAAUCUUGCAAAGUGGUUCAUUCAGCACAAACUGCACUCGCCAAACAUGAAAUGGAUGAUCCAAGUGCCCAGAAUAUAUGAUAUCUUCAAGUCCAAGAAACUGGUACCUAAUUUUGCCAAGAUCCUGGAGAACAUCUUCCUCCCUCUGUUCGAGGCGUCUGUGAACCCACAGAAGCACAAAGAACUCCAUAUCUUCCUCAAAUAUGUGUCAGGCUUCGACAGCGUAGAUGAUGAGUCCAAACACAGCACCCACAUGUUCUCCUUUCGGAGUCCGAAGCCCGAACAGUGGGCCACAGAUGACAACCCCCCCUACAGCUACUACCUCUUCUAUAUGUACGCAAACAUCAUGGUGCUCAACAACCUCAGAAAGGAGCUGAGAUUGAGCACCUUCCAGUUUCGCCCUCACUGCGGAGAAGCUGGAUCAAUAACUCAUCUGGUCUCCGCUUUUCUCACCGCCGACAACAUCUCACAUGGACUCAACUUGAAGAAGAGUCCUGUGCUGCAGUACCUGUACUACCUGGCCCAGGUGCCAAUUGCAAUGUCUCCUCUGAGCAACAACAGCCUUUUCCUGGAAUACUCUAAAAAUCCCCUCAAAGAGUUCCUCCACAAAGGUCUAUGUGUGUCCUUGUCCACAGAUGAUCCCAUGCAGUUCCACUAUACCAAGGAACCACUGAUGGAGGAGUAUGCUAUAGCAGCUCAGCUGUGGAAGCUCAGCACCUGUGAUGUUUGUGAAAUAGCCCGGAACAGCGUGCUGCAAAGUGGACUGAGUCACCAGGAAAAGAAAUGUUUUUUGGGAGCAAAUUAUCUGAAAGAAGGUUACGAAGGCAAUGACAUCCGUCGGACCAAUGUUGCCCAGAUCCGCAUGGCCUACAGACAAGAGACGCUGUGCAACGAACUCAGCUUCAUCGUGGACGCUGUGCAGUCUGAGACUAUUCUUUCUCAUUAGGACAACUAA